CGCGAACAACUUUGACUGUUCCACUGUUCCAUCUCUUUCUGAACCGCAUCACGAUCGCAGCAAUGGCAGACUACAAGCGUGAACUGGAACUGCUUAAUCUUGUGCAGAAGACUGCGUCGAAUCCUGACUCUGUCUUGGCCACCAUAGACAAAUACUGCUGGGACAAUAAUCGGAUGAUGCAUGUAGGCGAUCGAAAGGGAGAAUACCUUGAUAGUGUCAUUCAACAGCAUCAACCUCGUAGAGUACUCGAGCUUGGGACCUACUGUGGAUAUUCUGCAACUCGCAUUGCACGGCUUCUUCCUGAGGGUGGCCGCUUAUACACGGUCGACCCUUCCCCUCUGCAGUCUCUGGUAGCGGACAAGGUCGUCGCAAAGGCAGGGCUAUCCGAACGGGUCAUCUUCGUCAACAAACGGUCAGAUGAGGCUUUCCUGGAAUUUGACCCUUCCACUCCAUUCGAUCUGAUCUUCAUUGAUCAUGACAAGCCUCUCUAUCUUCCGGAUCUCAAGACCAUAUUGGACAAAGGGUUACUGAAAAGCGGCGGGGUUGUGGUUGCGGAUAAUGUGAUCCUAUUCAAUAGCGAGCAGUAUUUGGAUUUUGUCCGCAAUAGUGGCAAGUUUUCAAAGAGUGAGCUCUUCAAAGGUAAGCUAGAGUAUGAUGAGGAGAGAGAAGAUGGCAUGGAAAUCUCUGUGUUGGCGUAGGUAGGGUAGUAGAGUAGUGAUUGGCGCAGAUUACGCAGCAACAUGAGUUCCAUUCUUCUGUCUCAUCCGUUGUACAAACUUGUAAUCGCAACACACACUAUUCUGUCUUUCGAUGAUCCGGCUCUUCAACAAGCAAUUUACAGACUGGCAUGAAAC